CGAUUCACUUUCACUCUCGUUUAGUCGGCUCCGGGUGUUAUGCGCGCGGGUACGUCUUCCUUUACGGGCAACGAGGUACACAUCGCGCCGAAAAUCUUGAGAACCUCGCGAGAAUGCGAGCAGCUCUGUUUAUCCUUUACGUCGUGGUCGCGACGGCGUCCGGCGAAAAUGACGAGUCUUGGGCCUGGAACGACGAUAAGCAGAAGACGAGCAAGCCGGUCGGCGAGGCUAGAUAUCAAGUGUACGAGCCUGAUUUCGAUGGCGUCGAUGGGGUAGGCUUUAGACCGCAUAAUCCGGGCCCUUACGGUCCCAACAGCCGGCCGUUUGUACCGUCGUAUCCAGGCAACAACGGCGGCGUCCUCGUCGGUCCCGGGGGACCAACUGGAAUAAUCGGCAGGCCGCCACGUCUCGAUGGGCCGAACGGACAUAACGGUAUCCUGCCGCCAUGGAUUCGAGAGGAUCCCCGUUAUCGCGAGUUGGACACUUGCAAGUGCAGAUACAGCUUCAACUGUCCGUCACCCGGCUUGAAAUUUGGCCGUUGCUCGAGGGACAAGAAGUACUGCUGCUUUAACAGUAGAAAAUUCCCAGGACUGUUAGGAGGGCAUCACUAUCCAUAUUACCCCGGUGCGCCGCACAAGCACGGACCGACCGGUUUGGCGCCGAAUUAUUACGGCAAUCGGGGACCGCACGGUAAUCCAUACGAUGGACAUCCGUCUUUCGGCGACUAUUACUCAGGACCCUAUGGCGGCGGUUAUGGUCACCGUAAUGAGUUCGAGUCGUCACGGCCAUAUGGCUACGAUGCGGAUCCUGACGAUUAUGAGAUCUACGGGAGGUCGUUGGGCAAGAAUCAAACGCAGGCGAGCGAAAAGCCGAGGACGAGCGAGGAGGACGAGAAGCAAUGACUGUUUGAAACAGAAUGAAAAGUCCCGUCUCGAUCGAAUCGUUUCUCGAUCUUCCGCUCGAGCGAUCGUUUCGGUCUCGGCGGAGAUGCCAAAGAUAUGACAAGAGUAUAUAUAUAUAUAUAUAUAUAUAUAUAUAUAUAUACACGUACAGGUGCGCAUGUACGUUGAGCGAUACACGAUACACAAUUAGAUGAGACACGACCCGAACACGAACUGUAAUCGCGUCAAUAAUUAAUUCGUGCGGGGUAACACUCGUGCUUCGUCGUAAAUGAGAUUAUUUAUAAAAAAACGUGAAUUUGUAAAAUACGCGCAUCGGGCUUUCUCGAGAAACAGAUAUGAUCCUUCAACAGAGUCUCGCAAAAAUAAAUUGGCGGAAACAACGUUGGGACGUGUGCAGAUGUGUAACACGUUUCUCUCAAGAAUACUUCCCAUUUGUCUAUGGUUUCAAUCGAUUGCACUUUCUAUAUAUUCACGCCGUUGCCGAUUCAUCGAACGCUCACAGGCUCUGAGAUCAUUUGUAGAUGUAGAAUAAAAAGAGUUGCUCUGGAACUUUUUUUACAGAGAAAUUAUAAGACAUUUUUUAACUCUUUUCAGCUUGAUAUUUUUAUUAUAGUUUGAGAAAGUUAUAUGAUUUUUUUAUAAUUAAUGAUUGUAUAUUAGUUGAAUUACAGAGCACGACGCGACACGCUUGUGUCCUGCUAGCAUGCAUGAUGCAGGUACUUGUAGUGAUCCGAAACAAAAAAGCAAGAAAAACUCUUAUUUUAUAUGAGUGUAGUUAUCGUUUAAGCUACGAUCAUUGGACUAAAUCAAAAUAUGACAAAAUGUCGAGUUUGCAAAACAUAUUGUGAUCCCGCAAUUUGCUUUUCGAACUCGCCAUGUUUUGUCAAAUUUUUAUGUAGUCCAAUGAUCCUGUCUAGUUCAAAUAAUAAUAGCCAUAUUCAUAAAAAAUAAAAACCUUUCUGCUUUUUUGUUUCAGAAAUAAAAAUACCAAUGUCUGGACAUUAAUAACACUGAUACAUAAUUCUGGAACUUCUAAUUAUUUUAGUUUUUAAAUACAAAUAUAUAUUCGAUAUAAUAUAUACUUAAUAUGUGUACAUAUAUUCUAUAUUGAAAGUUUAAAUAUUCGUAAUUAAAAAAAAAGGCUCAAAUAACACGAAUGUCCAGAGUUAGGUACCAGUGUUAUUAUAUAUAUACAUAUAUAUAUAUAUAGUGUCCAAGUAUUGGUACCUUUACUUUACAGGUGGCUACAUGAUACACAUCAACAGGACACAUGCGUGUUCCGCCAUUACUCAACUAAUAUAUGUGAUCUUUAAUUAUGAAAAAAACUAUAUAAUUUUCUUAAAACAUGGUAAAAGUAUUCUGAAAGGUAUAAUUUCUUUGUAAAAGAAUUCCAAAGAAACUCCUUUAAUUCAUGCCUACAAACCGCCUGGAGACCUUAAUUAUCCCAUUAAAUAAAUGUGAAUUAAGUGAGAAACAAAUAAUUCUUUGCGAAGAAAACCGAUUCUUCGCGUGGCAUGCACCGUCUCAUACUAUAAAUAAAAUCUGUCACAAGUCUUCCCUUA